AUGAUGUCAUACUUGGUGGUGGUGUCUCCAUUGUAUCUGUCCUCGCGAGACUCUCAUCCAUCCAAAGACAGUAUGGCAGACUCUUCAAUGUCACUGGCCGAGGUUGAAAUGGCUUUCCAGAAGUUUGCAGUUCAUGGUGACACUAAAGCCACUGGCAAAGAGAUGAACAACAAGAACUUUGCAAAAAUGUGCAAGGACUGCCGUAUUACUGAUGGAAAAAACAUCACCACAACUGAUGUGGACAUAGUGUUCAGCAAAGUCAAGGCUAAAACAGCCAGGGUGAUCACAUUUGAACAGUUCAAGCAGGCACUGGCAGAGUUGGCUCCAAAACGCUUCAAAGGCAAGAGCCAGGAGGAGGCGCUGCAGCAGAUGUACGGCCUCAUCGCUGGGAAGGAGCCGGCAAAUGUUGGCGUCACUAAAGUUGCAAAGGCUGGAGCAGUGGACAGACUGACGGAUGCCAGUAAAUACACAGGCGCACACAAGGAGCGCUUCGACGAAUCGGGCAAAGGGAAGGGCAAGGCGGGCCGAGAGGAAAUCGCCGACACCAGCGGUUAUGUGGGAGCUUAUAAAGGCAGCGGCUCUUAUGAGGACAAAGUGAAGGAGGCAUAA